AACAUGGCGUCAGACGGGAUGAUUUUAACGAACCACGACCACCAAAUCCGGGUCGGAGUCUUGACAGUGAGUGACAGCUGUUUUCGGAACCUGGCUGAGGACCGCAGUGGAAUCAAUCUCAAAGAUCUUGUGCACGACCCCUCACUGCUGGGGGGUAUGAUCACAGCCUAUAAGAUUGUGCCAGAUGAAAUAGACGAGAUCAAGGAGACUCUUGUGGACUGGUGCGAUGAGAAGGAACUGAAUCUCAUCCUCACCACUGGGGGGACUGGCUUUGCUCCCCGUGAUGUCACACCCGAGGCCACUAAGGAGGUGAUAGAGCGUGAGGCUCCGGGUAUGUCCCUGGCUAUGUUGAUGGGCUCCCUCAACGUCACACCACUGGGCAUGCUCUCCAGACCUGUCUGCGGCAUCCGAGGGAAGACGCUGAUCAUCAACCUGCCAGGCAGCAAGAAAGGUUCCCAGGAGUGUUUCCAGUUCAUCCUGCCUGCUCUGCCUCACGCCAUCGACCUGCUGCGCGAUGCUGUGGUGAAGGUGAAGGAGGCAGCCGAUGAGCUGGAAGACCUCCCCUCGCCCCCGCCGCCACUCUCGCCGCCGCCCAACAACUCGCCACGCCGCCAGACGGAGGACAAGGGCGUGCAGUGCGAGGACGAGGAUGAGGAGAAGAAGGACAGCGGCGUGGCCUCCACGGAGGACAGCUCGUCCUCCCACAUCACCGCCGCCUCCAUCGCUGCCAAGGUGAGCUGGUGUGUGAUUAGCUCAGCUUCAUCCUAACUUUCAGCCCAAAGAACGAGUGAACAUCCCCUUCUUUCUCUCUUUCACUCAUGUUGUCUCUCUUUGUGUGUGUGUAUGUGUGUGCCUCAGAUCCCAGAUGCCAUCAUCUCUCGAGGCGUGCAGGCGCUGCCCAGGGACACGGCCUCCCUGAGCACCACGCCCUCCGAGUCGCCCCGGGCCCAGGCCACCUCGCGCCUCUCCACUGCCUCCUGCCCCACGCCCAAAGUGCAGUCACGAUGCAGCAGCAAAGAAAAUAUCCUAAGAUCAAGUCACAGUGCGGUGGACAUCACCAAGGUGGCACGAAGGCACCGCAUGUCUCCUUUCCCCCUCACCUCCAUGGACAAGGCCUUCAUCACUGUGCUGGAGAUGACUGCCGUCCUGGGUACCGAAAUCAUCAACUACAGAGAUGGGAUGGGUCGAGUCCUUGCUCAGGACGUAUAUGCCAAAGACAACCUGCCACCCUUCCCUGCCUCUGUCAAGGAUGGUUAUGCCGUGAGAGCGGCUGACGGCCCUGGUGACCGCUUCAUCAUCGGAGAGUCCCAGGCUGGAGAGCAGCCAACCCACACGGUGAUGCCCGGUCAGGUGAUGAGGGUGACGACAGGUGCUCCCAUCCCGUGCGGGGCCGAUGCCGUGGUGCAGGUGGAGGACACGGAGCUGCUACGCGAAUCUGAGGACGGUACGGAAGAGCUGGAGGUGCGGAUCCUUGUGCAGGCUCGCCCCGGUCAGGACAUCAGGCCUAUAGGUCAUGACAUCAAGCGGGGUGAGUGUGUCUUGGCCAAAGGGACCCACAUGGGCCCCUCGGAGAUCGGUUUGCUCGCCACGGUCGGCGUCACUGAGGUGGAGGUUCAGAAGUUCCCUGUAGUAGCCGUCAUGUCCACAGGCAAUGAGCUGCUGAACCCCGAGGACGACCUCCACCCUGGGAAGAUCAGAGACAGCAACCGCUCCACUCUCCUGGCCACCAUCCAAGAGCAUGGCUAUCCCACCAUCAACCUAGGCAUCGUUGGAGACAACCCUGAUGACCUCCUCAAUGCCCUUAACGAGGGGAUCAGUCGUGCUGAUGUCAUCAUAACCUCAGGAGGUGUGUCCAUGGGAGAGAAGGACUACCUGAAGCAGGUGCUGGAUAUAGAUCUUCAUGCUCAGAUCCACUUUGGACGCGUCUUUAUGAAACCAGGUCUCCCAACAACAUUUGCAACCUUGGACAUGGAUGGUGCUCGGAAACUUAUCUUUGCCCUCCCAGGUAACCCUGUGUCCGCUGUUGUGACAUGUAACCUCUUUGUCAUCCCUGCCUUGAGGAAGAUGCAAGGGAUUCUGGACCCACGGCCAACUAUUAUUAAAGCUAGGUUGUCGUGCGAUGUGAAGCUGGACCCUCGCCCUGAAUACCACCGCUGCAUUCUGACCUGGCAUCACCAGGAGCCUCUGCCAUGGGCACAAAGCACAGGAAACCAAGUGAGCAGCCGGCUGAUGAGCAUGCGUAGUGCCAAUGGGCUCCUGAUGCUACCUCCAAAAACAGAGCAAUAUGUGGAGCUUCACAAGGGAGAGGUGGUGGACGUCAUGGUCAUUGGCCGGCUAUGAUGUCAUCAAAGGGAGAGUUGGCUUCAUAUAGAGAGGCUCGGAAUGGGUGGUUCACGGUGCAUGUCCACAUAUCAUUGACUAUUCUGUAAUAUGCAAUGGCACAGCUAGUUUUUAUUGAUUUGGAUAAAGUCGAGGUAUAGUCAACAUCUUGAUCACAAUCUAGAUACAAAAUAAAUUUAAAAUAAUUUAUUAAAAAAUAUUAUAGUAUUUCAAACAAAGAAAAUAUAACUUUUAAAGAAAAAAAGUCUAAUUACAAAAAGAGAUUUAUUCUGUAAUAUAUUAUUAUGAUUCUUCUUCUUAUGAUUCUUCUUCUUAUUAUCAUUAUUAAAUUAAGGCUUUGUUCCUUUCAUUGCAAUUGCUUUGUGUGUUCAAUGCUAGACCUUAUCUAUAGCAGUAGCAUUUUAAUAGAGAGCUGUAGGUGCCUGCCAGGACAAAAAAAAGAUUUUACUUUUUCUCAUCUUUAGUGGAAAAAAUAAUCUGUUUUUUGAAUAUGAAGAAAACAUUGAGGAAGACUCCAGAUUCCCACGGUGCUCAGUUAGAAGGAAGAGGGGGCAUAUCUAGGCCUCUUCCUCAGUGAAUGCCCCUUUGAGGUGACACUUCUAUUUUUCUCUCAUUAGUAUGCAUCAUAAUGGCUUCACAAAGAGCUUUGCUUGUUGUUUAUCUUGUGAGUCUUGUUUAUGUGCGCAGUGCCAAAAGCCUGGGCAGGAACGAGGUGGUGCUGGGAGAGGGGGGCACACCCACCCUGCCCAGACCCGGAAGCUUCCUUCUAUUCACCUGAUCAGGUGUAGCUCCGCCCCAACCUCCCAGGGGGGCGUGGCAAGUAAAACAAUAUUUUAUUUGAUCGAUUAUGAAAAAAGAAAGAAAAGAAACAGCUUCUUUAAGUGCUGACUGCCUUUUUAAUCAACUUCACAAAAAAUGUACAGAAAAAAUUAUAAGAACCAUAUUGUACAGAUAUAUGUGACCAGCACUCCUAAGUAAAUUAUUAAGCAAUGAGGAGACAUUGAACAAACGCUGUACUAUAACAUUUUCUGUAAUGAUAUGAAACUAAUGAAAGAUACUAAGAUAAUAAAAACCCUUGAUCAUUAUGUACAAAAAUUG